UAAGGUUAGAUGAUUAUUGACACUUCUCUGGUCUUAUCAAUCAGUGCAAGUCCAAUACUUCAACCGAUUUCCCUGCCAAUUUUAUCAUCUAAUAGUUUUCUAAUUAGUUUCGAACGAAAUGUCUUCCGCAGUUUAUCGAUCUAUCAUCUCCACUGCCGAGAAAUUUGUGCCAAAUAAACUUCAGCCUUUAUGGAAUCACCCUGCUGGUCCUAAGACAGUUUUUUUUUGGGCACCUGUUUUCAAAUGGGGUCUAGUCAUCGCCGGUAUCGGAGAUUUAACCCGCCCAGCCGAUAAACUCAGUGUUUCUCAGUCAGGAGCCCUAGCAGCAACAGGGCUGAUAUGGUCCCGUUACUCACUUGUUAUCAUUCCAAAAAAUUGGAGCUUGUUCAGCGUCAAUGUCUUCGUAGCUGCCACUAGUCUGUAUCAGUUAUCUCGUGCCAUCAAUUAUCAAAGAUCCUUGACGUCUGCCGAGGCAACCCCUGCGGAUAAGCAAGAGUCAAAAUGAGAACUUCCUUGGAACUUGUGUGGCAAUAAUUCAGUGUUCUUGUGAUAUGUGUGCGAAAUAUCUAACCAUCCAGUAAACUCAACUGUAAGCAGCAUAUCCUAUUUGAUCAAAAAAUCUGAAGGUAGCAUCUAAAGCUCAAAAUUUUUAGAGCAUUCAUGAGAUGUGCAACUCUCCUUCCUACUCAUUUGCAAAGUUUUUUCUGGAACUUCGUUUAGGUUUUUCAUUCCAUUGACCCUUCAUCUCGGAGUACAUUUAAUUUUUUUUUUUUUCAAAUGUAGACGUUCAUGUAUUAGUCUGAAGCGGUUAAUUAAAAAUGUUCAGCUAUUGUAGAUAUUGCUGAUUGUUUCAGCAACGCCCCAACAGUGAACUAGGUCAUAUUUUCCUUCCAAAACUUCUGAAGAUGUUUCUAUUCCUAAAAAGUAAUUUAAUUGAAGAAUUGACAAUUUUCCAAAGACCUCUCUUGUUACACAUCAAUGUUCAGAACUCAUCCCAAAAAGUACAGCAAUCUGUCUGUACAAUAUGAGCACUUAGGAUCAGGAACCUGUACCUGUUCAGCAGAAAAUAACUGUGAUACAUUCCAUUACCUCUCAUUGGGUAAUUUAAAAGAAAGCAACUUUAUUCCUUACAAAUAAAAAAUUAAUUAAUCUAAUAUUUUGUGUAAAUUUACAUGAACUUAUUGUUACUUAAAAAUUAUUGCAGAAACAAAAUGAUCAAAUUUUUCAAACUCUUGCAAUUCUGGAACUUAAUUCUUCUGAAAAUUUUUUAGCCCCGUCUUUAGUUUUCUCAGGCGUUGGGAGAUUUUAACUUGAUCAAGACUCAUGUUAUUGAUUGGAUAGACUUUUCUUUGCAUGCACAUCAAGAGUACAAGGAAAGUUUAUCCAAUCAAUUUAGUUUAAUAUGUCAGACUGAGCCAUCACAAAGAAGGUUUCAAUUUAUUAAUAACCUCCUAUGAUUUUGAAAUGGUUGCCUUCGGUUAAUUAAUUUAAUUUUGUGUGCGGACUCAUCUAGUUAAUUUUUUAGAGGAGAAAACUGAAGUUUUGCAAAAUAUCAUAUAGAGCAGCAGCAGGCUGAGUAUUAAAAUUAAUAGACAAAGUAAUGGACAAAAAUGAGCAAUUCUAUUGGUUGAAACGAGUGGUCGGUAUAGACCACAAGAGAAAGCAAUGAACUAACUGUAGGGUCUCUUUUGGAUUGCUGUUAGUUAGUCGAUUCUUACCUUCUUUGUCCAUUGCAACCACCCGCUUCUACCAAUAGGAUUGCUCUAGUUUCUCUUUAUCUAGCAAUUUUAGUAAUCAGCCCGCAGAUAUCAUGUGAAAAAGACAUAAAAAAUCAGUCUAACUAGUUGGCCGUUUCCAAUUUAUAUAACUGAAGAGAAUUGCCAAAACUCGUUCUUUAUAUUGCAGAAGCUUCUAAAGAGCACCACUCAUUAGUUGGUUCUAAAAUGUGUUGCUUUCAUCUGAUUUAGUUUUUUUUCUUAGAUCUGGCCGAUGGCAAAACAGAAUAUAUGCUACGGAACAUUUAUAUAUUGCACACCUAUCCUUGUGUCAAUUGUUUCUCUUAAUUACUGAUACCAAAUCAGAGAAGCUGAAUGUUGGUUGAUAGUGCCGACACCUGUAUCACAGGUGCCUGCAUUCUUGUUUCCUUCUUAUUUCAUGCUGAAGACACAUUUCUCAUGAAAUAUGAAGUCUUCAGAUUUUAUCAGAAUUUAUUUUAGUCAAUUGGCAGGGUUUUUAUUCUUUAUUUUAUUCUAUUUAAAUUAGUUAAUUCUGUUUUUCUCAACAAGAUAAGCCCAAAGACACUACUGUUUCCUUCAAAUCUGCUCAAGAACUUAGUAUCUACGUAAUUAGUUUUUUCAAUUCAUUCCCUGAUUGUUGAGGGAACUAGAAUCCCUGUUAAAUGAUAAUUCGUGGCCAAGAAAUUUCCAGCCCUGUUUGAAUACAGCAAAGAAAACCAGUCAUUAAAAUCUAAAAUUUGUUAUAAAAAUGAAAGAAUCCUUGAGACAGAUAAGUAAAUAUUUGUCAGAAUAUUUUUCAAAAAUUUAACUACCGGCAUAAAUUUUGAAAUUCCCUUCAGAUGCAAGUUCUUUUAGUUUCAUUAUUUAUACUCAAACUCUCCAUGCUGCCUCAAUAUUUUCACAUUGUUUUUGUCUCACCAGCUUACCAGCUAAAUGCAUUGAAUGCAUGACGCUUUCAAAUUUUUUAUUUUUCUGUACAAAAUUGUUACUUAUCAUUCUGUUGACCAAUCAACAAUAAAUUGUUAUUUUUGUUUCUA